GACGAGAUUAAUCGGUUGGAUGACGAGUGGGGGUAUCACUGGAAAAAAUGAUUUUCACAUAAGGAAAGCUAGUGGUAAUUUUUGACUGUAUUGCGUAAUUUUUACAAAGAUGGUAUCAAGAUUCAAUUGUAAGUACAAACACAAUGCUGUCUCUGUGCUGUUUCAUCGAGAACAUGGCAACACCACAUCUGGUGGGUCAACUCUGCAAGGAAUAGCAGAAUACAAAGCUGCAACUUCAGAACAGGAAGAAAUGCACUGCAAAUUGCCAGCUUCGGUACGGUCAACAUUUCUCACAGCUUUUAGUCCAGAUGGAACUAAAGUAGCAUCUACUCAUGGAGACCACAAAAUAUACGUAUGUGAUGUGAAGACAGGACAUCUCUUGCAUGUACUGGAAGGUCAUCCUCGUACCCCUUGGUGUGUGGCCUUCCAUCCUUCCUCCAAUGAAAUCUUGGCCUCUGGCUGUCUAGGUGGUGAAGUUAGAGUAUGGGACCUUCAUGGAGGAAGUGAAGUGUGGGUGGCAGAACAGAACACAGUCAUUACAUCGCUAGCUUUUCAUCCGUAUGACAGAGUACUAGUUAUAGCAACAUUCAACAAAAUUUACUUCUGGGAUUGGAGUCGACCAUUGCCUUUUGCUACGUGUGUUACCUCCUCAGAUAGAGAAAAAGUCCGAUUUGUGAAGUUUAAUCCACUUGGGACCAAGCUCAUAACAGGCAUUUCAAAUCUUCCCGUUGACAGUUUUCCGUCUCGUAUCAUGGAUUCAGUCAUCAGCCAAGGCAAUUCUUCAUCUUUUUCACAGAAUUUCACGUCUCAAAGACGUAGCAUUUUAACUCGUCUGAUGGCAAUGUAUCGACACUUGGAAGGUUUAGAAGAGCUGUCUCGAUUCCAAGAACCUCAGGGAGGGUCUUCCCCUACCCAAGAAGAUGCUUUAGAAAGUGCACGUGAAUAUGCGGAAGAAAUAACAACUCGUUUUCUAAGACAGCGUUACAGACAGGAUGAGGUUCUUGGAACUCGGAACGAAGAAGAAGAACUUACUGUAGAAGCUGCACAACCUAGGACCUCUUCCCUUCAGCAACCAAGCACUUCGAGUGGAGCAAGAGCUGACAAUACUAGAAGUCAAACAAACGAGUUUCAAGCAACUGUACAGAGGCUGUCAUCAAUCUGUGCUCGAUUGGAACGUCGAAUGUUUGAACAGCAAUUCUUACAGCUGCAGGGAACUACUGAAUCUCUAGUCUCUUCAAGCUCGACAUCAGCUGAUACUUUGCGGAGGGACAGAGAUGAACUCUCCCAGACUAGUCAACAGUUCUCAGCAUUAGAUCCUAGGUACUUGUUGCAUUGGAGCCAUCCGUUGCUUAAUCGUGAAAUGACUACACAGUUAGGUCAAGAAUUUUCUCUUUCUUUGGCUGACCUACUUAGAAGAUUACAAAACUCUCUUCAGAAUUUGAGUCAAACCACUUUCGCUUCUUCUGAAGCAUGGGAGCAGAUACAACAGAUAAGAGCUAGAAUAUCGGAGAUUCUGGAAAGGCUUUCAAACGUCAGUGGUUAUAGAGAAAGAUUAACCAACUUGAGAGACCAGAUAUACGAAGCUGCAGAAAGAAUGAUUCAGAGAGGAGAAGAAAAUUCACUUAGUCAACAUUUCGAUCUAGCUCAUUGCCUGUGGCUUGUUGAGUUGAGUCUUCAGUUGACACGUCAAAUGCAACGUAUUUUAGCAGCAAAUUAUCGCCUUACUCGGCUUCAUCUAAAUGCUACCACCUCUCGAGCAUCAUCCAGCACCACCAACGCAACAUCUAAUACAACAACCUCACUACUUAGAGAGAAUGACCCUUCAACUAGCCAAUUUCCCAUAAAUGAAAGAUGGCCUGAUUCAAGUCUUAGCAAUAGGGAACAGUUAGGUCGGGAUGAUUCUCACUUAUCAGAUAUUGAUCUUCAACAGCCAUCUAGUUCAGAACCUUCUAGCAGUGAUGAACACGGUAUUAAUAGAAGUAGUCCUCCCCCUUAUUCUUUCACUGUAAAUAGUGUAAAUGAAACUGCAGCUAAUGUUGGAGAAAGUGUUAUAUGGGAACGAUUACCAAAUCCUUUUUCUGGCAUUGGUGAAAUUGGACAGACUGGCUGGUCAUGGCAUGAAACAUCCCCUUUCGUUCGCCAGAGACCACGAACAACCAGUACCAGAGAUACUGGCACGGAUCCUCCUCGUGAAAGAAAUGCUUUAGAACAAAUUUCACCAGAAAACCUUUCUUCAUUACUUGAGGAGAUUCCAACUGUUUCAGGAAGUACAGAUCAUGAUGGUGAUAACAGUGUUUCAAAUCAAAAUCCCAGAGGUAUGGAAGAGAACAGAGAUUCAAGACCAUGGUCAAAUAUUUUCUUGACAGAGUUAGGAUUAACCCCAGGUCAGCAACAGAGACAACAGGCAGAGAGGCCUUCAUCUCUUGCUUUAGACACUAAUGUACAAAGUGAUAGUGAUUCUAACAGCAGUAGUGGGGAUAACGUAUCCCAGAGAAACUCCACUUCAGGAGGUAGACCACCAAGAAGUCUGACAAGUGAUGACUUGGGUAUGACAAGAUUCAGACUUAUGAGAAGGCCUAGUUUUCGAAUUCCAAGAGUAAGAGUUGAACCUACACUAUCACCGCCAGAAGAAGAAGCUCCACUGGCUCCAGAGGAGAGACCACGUUCACCGCCUCUUUCGACCAUUCUGUCGGCAAAUGUUGCAGGUCGACGGCCACGCUGGGCCUCUUCACAGAAUUCUUACUUCCUUCCCGAUUCAAGCUUUAGACCUCUUCCACCAAGAAUAAGAGCCUUUCUUGGUAUUCAUAAUGAGCCCGGUCAUAAUCUAACUCAUCGUAUCCAGUGGUGGGACUUUUCCAAGUUUGAUAUUCCAGAUAUAAGUGAUGCUGAUAUCAAUGUGGUUGUGCCGAAAUGCAAAAUACAUAAUGAUGCCAGCGUUGACAUCUCAUCCAGUGGAGAACUCUUGGCUGCGCUAGUCCCUAACUCCUCAGGAAUUGUACAUACUGCUGAGUUAGCUAUUUAUUCACUCAGUUCUCAGACAAUUGGGCAGUGCUUAUAUACGUGGAGUUUUGGACCUAAUGCAAUUUCGGUCAGUCUCUCUCCUUUGGGCCAUUACGUAGUUGUUGGGCAGGGCUCCUCACGUCUCUUCAUUGGAACUUCCGAGGGAGAAGUUGUAGCUCAAAUAUUUCGCUUAGACCCAAGAAAUGAGAAAAAGUCAUUGGUGCAUGUAUAUAAUCUAACCUUAAAUGGUCAACCUCACGUCAGUCUCAACUCAGUAAGAUGGUUACCUCAGCCAGGUCAAGGACUUGUCUAUGGAACAAACAGGGGAACACUCUGUAUUUGUCGUCCACUAAUGCCAUCAUCAGCUAACAGUGAGAGCCCUGUCCAUAAGAUUAGAGAAUCCCAGAUGUUUAACUGGAAUUUGUCGCAGAGAACUGGAACCCAGAGACGCGAGAAUGCUCAGUCUUCGGCUCUACAGACUUCAUCCGCUGCCACACAGACACCUCGGCCCCGGACCAACACAACCGGCACUCAGACUUUUCUUGGAACUCAAGGAGAGGCUUCCACUAGUAGUAACUGGGUUGAAGACACUAAUCUAUGGAUCGUUUAAUGUAUGCUAUUUUGUUAUCAUGUUCACUUGUUUCAGCUGCACACAGUUUUUGGAUGUUUCUGAAUGUGUGAUAUAAACGGAGUAUCUUUAUUAUGUGAUAAAUGUAUUUCUGAUUUAAA